AUGAUGGUGUUUCCCGCUAAAGGCUUCGUUCUGAUCACUACUCUAUUGUUGUUUCUAUUUCUCUUUCGUUCUUCUUGUGACUCUCUUGAUAGAAUAACACCAAGCCAAGCCCUUAGAGAUGGCGGUAUUUUGCUCUCUGACAAAGCAACCUUCGCUCUCGCCAAUAGAGAAAACCCUCUUAAUGAUACUCCUGGAGUUUUGUCUAUCAAUACCCAUGGAAACAUGGUUCUUGGUCUCAAUGAUAUAAAUUCAAACCUGAACCCUCUCUGGUCAUCCAAUGUUUCGAUCACAUCUCCUAAUAAUACCAUUGUGAAGCUUCUAAAGACAGGAAACUUGGUUCUAAUCAAAAACGGAGGAAGGCAAAAGCUUCUGUGGCAGAGUUUUGAUUAUCCUGGUGACACCAUUCUUUUAAAUAUGAAACUCGGUUUUAAUUGGAAAACUGGUUUCAACUGGUCUAUUACGUCAUGGAGAUCCCCAGAUGACCCAAGAUUUGGGAACGUGACGAUUGAACCAACAGGUUAUCCUCAAAGAUUCAUUUAUAAAAACGGAGCUCCAUUUUAG